AUGAUGCCUCCAGCCGGCUACGUCGCCGUCAUCGCGCUCCUCGUCCUGCUCGGAGACGCGGCGACUGCGGUGGCUGGCAUCCGCGUGGACGCGGCCGCCAUGAUGAUCCGGCAGCCGUCGGACUCAGUCCCUACGUUCCGCGAGGCGCCCGCCUUCCGCAACGGCGCCGAAUGCGCCGGCGGGGACAAGGUGAACGUCGCCAUGACGCUGGACGCCAACUACCUGCGCGGCACCAUGGCCGGCGUGCUCUCCAUCCUGCAGCACACGGCGUGCCCGGAGAACGUCGUGUUCCACUUCCUCGCCGCCCGGAUGGACGGCGAACUCAUCGCCAUGCUGCGCGCCACCUUCCCUUACCUCGAGCUCCGCGUGUACCGCUUUGACCCCUCGCGCGUCCGCGGCCGCAUCUCCCGCUCCAUCCGCCACGCGCUCGACCAGCCGCUCAACUACGCGCGCAUCUACCUCGCCGACACGCUGCCCCCCGACGUGCGCCGGGUCAUCUACCUCGACUCCGACGUGAUCGUCGUCGAUGACAUCCGCACGCUCUUCUCCGUCGAACUCGCCGACCACGUCGUGGGCGCGCCCGAGUACUGCCACGCCAACUUCACCACCUACUUCACGGACGCUUUCUGGAAUGACCCGGAGCUCAGCGGGACAUUCAUAGGCCGGCGCCCGUGCUACUUCAACACCGGCGUCAUGGUGAUGGACGUGGACCGGUGGCGCACCGGCGGGUACACGAGGAGGGUGGAAGGGUGGAUGGCCGUGCAGAAGCAGAAGAGGAUCUACCACCUCGGCUCGCUGCCGCCGUUCCUGCUGGUGCUCGCCGGGGACAUCCAGGCCGUGGACCACCGGUGGAACCAGCACGGGCUCGGCGGCGACAACGUCAAGGGCCGGUGCCGGGGCCUGCACCCGGGGCCCAUCAGCCUGCUGCACUGGAGCGGCAAGGGAAAGCCGUGGCACCGGCUCGACGCCCGGCGGCCGUGCUCCGUCGACUACCUCUGGGCGCCCUACGACCUCUACCGGCCAACUUCGCCGGUGCUCGAGGAGUGA